AUGACCGCGCUGGGCGGCCAGCCGGGCGUUGUGGUCACGGACCCCGUCACGGUUGGCGUCGGCGCCUACGUCGACAACAUCUUGGCGUUCGGCGCUGACAAGAGCGCGGUCGACCGGGUCGUGGCGCAGCUUGUGUCUGCCUUUCGUGCCCGAGGGCUACCCGUGCACGAGAUUGAGCUUGCCGCCUUGGACGCGGACUUCUUGGGUCUCAGCCUGAAGCACGGGGGGUUUUUGCGCAUCAAGCCUCGUAACAUCUGGCGGCUGCACGCGGCGAUCUCUGGGCUUCUUUGCCGGGGCUGGUGCAGUGGCGACAUGGUGCGGGCAGUGCUGGGACGCGUCACCUGGUCAUCGAUGAUGCGCCGCGUGGCCCUCGCUGUUCUCCACAGCGCGCGCAGCCUCGUGGCGGCUCGCGGCGAAAGGCAGGGCGGGAUAUGGCCGUCGGCGGCGAAGGAGCUGGUCACUAUUCGAGACCUGCUUCCCCUCUUGUCGUGCGACCUCGCCUCGAGCUGGCAUCGCACGAUGACUUCCAGCGAUGCCUCUCCUGUCGGGCUCGGGGACCUUCGCCGGAAGCUCAUGGGCCUGCGCGUGGGCCCUCACGCGGAGCUCACAGGCCAGCACGAGGACCCCUACUACUCCAUGGGCCAGCACGGGGACCCCUACGAGGAGCUCAUGGGGGUCAACGAGGUGCUCGCUCAGCCUCCCAGUGGCGCCACUUGGGCUCAUAAUGCUGCGGUCUUGGGCGACCCCUGGGAGAUGGACGAGAUCCCUGGUCAUAUUGCUCGGGAGGACGCUUGGAGCUCGGUAUCAGCCCAGUCGGUCUCCACGGGGGCCAACAUACUCUACCUGGAGGGGGGGGCGCUGGUCACAUCGUAUCGGCAUCAGCUCCGCAGUCUGGCCUGGACGCGCCGCCGCGCGAAGCUGGCGUCGGCUGCGGCACGCGGGCGGACGCUUGCGGGCUCCCUGACGCUCCUGGAGCAGCUGGCGGUGCGGCCGACCACGGAUGGCCUCUAUCGCCAGCUCCUGCAGACGUUCGUCGCGUACUGCUCAGACCGCCGCCGGGACUGGGGGAACCUGAGCGAGCUAGACAACUUGCUCGCCGAGUACUUCACCUCGCGGUGCAUCUCGGGGGCGGCGGCGAGCGUCGGGUCGCAGACGGUCGCGGCACUGGCUCACUUCACUCCCGGUCUCCCGAGGCAGGUGAGCUCGCUCUUGCCCCUCGCCUCGCGAGCGAUGCAGGCGUGGCGGAGACGAACCCCAACCCUCACUCGGUUGCCGAUCCCUCGGGCGGUCAUGUUCGCGCUGGCUGGCGUCAUGAUUGCUUGGCAGCAAUCGCCCAUGGUGGCGUGGCCGGUGAUCGCGUUCCCGGCGUACUUCAGGCCCGCCGAGGCUCAGGGACUCACGACGGACAGCAUCGUGCAGCCGUCAGCGCUGGCAGGGACAGCGUGCCAGUUUUGGGGCCUGCUGCUGCGCCCGGCGGACCGCGGUCAGGCAGGCAGGACGGGCUCCUUCGACGAGUCUAUCCUCUUCGACCUCGACCUGUACCUGGUACCAGUGCUCAUGGCCCUCCGUUGCAGAGGGGGUCCAGGGACACCGCUGUGGAGCUUCUCCCUCUCAGAGCUGAACAGGAUGUUCGCUCUGGCAGCUGCGGCGCUGGGGAUGUCCCAGUUGCGGCCUCGCCGGUACGGCGUGCGCCACGGCGGAGUGAGCGACGAUCUGCUGACCCAGCGGAGAGUGCAAGAACAAGUCUUCCGACGAGGGCGCUGGGCUGUGCCAUCGUCAAUGAGACGGUACGCCAAAGAGACGGCCUUCUUGCGCGAGCUGCAGGGGGCCCACCCGGACGUGUACGCCUUCGGCGAUUUGGUCGCGCAGCACUUUUGCCUUCUGGUCGAGAAGGGGUUCCUCAACGCCGGGCUGCAGCGGCUCGUCCCAGCCGGCCUGGCGACCUCGGUCCUGUCCGGGCCAGGCAGCAAGCCCAGGCGGCCGCCCUUGCGGAGCUCGGGGCGCGCCGAGCACCUGCGGCGACGCUUUAGAGCUGCCGUCAGCCGCGGCCCCCUGUGCCGGCGGCGCGUCGUGCUGGAGCUCUUCAGCGGGAGUGGGCAUUUCACAGCGGCCGCCCGCCGACUGGGCCUCUCGGCGCUCGCCUGUGACGUGCGACAUUCGCCGCUGGAAGACCACCUCUGCCGUGACUUCGAACGGGCGGCAGCCGGUUGGCUCCGCGGCCGCGCGGUCGCGGCAGUAUCCCGCUAG